UCUCUACUGACACCUGCCUCUCCUCUCUCCUCCCGCAGCGCGCUGUGCGCCGGCCUGACCCUCGGCGCCGUGCCGGACGCGGCCCGCAAGUCCACCGCGCCCACCGACGGCACGGCCACCACCACGCUGGGCGCCAAGAAGCUGGCCACGGCCAGCCAGUGCUCCGGGGCGGUGGCCUUCUCCGGCGCCGGGCAGCGCGGCCAGGCCAAGGCGCAGGCCGACCGGCCGCUGGCGCUGCGCACCACGCUGCUGGACAAGGGCGUCGGCUGGAAGCCCGAGGACGGCGAGUUCGUCUGCUACUGCCCCGGCACCUACCAGUUCGCGUUCGCCGGUGACGCCGCGGCCAAGCUCGUGCUCAAGAAGAAGGCGGCGGGGGCCUCGACGUGGACGCCGGUGGUGUCCGGGCCGCAGCACGUCGUGCUGCUCGACAUGGAGCUCGGCGAGACGGUGGCCGUAUUCCUGGAGGGCGGCAGUCAGGCGCCCGACAGCACCACCGCCCCGACUCUCAGCUUCUCCGGGUUCCGAGUCGCCAAGAAGCAGUAGCAUCCCGCGCUGUGGACUUCCAAUCGACGAACUUGCCUCCGAGAUGUCUUAUAAAUUUCUUGUUGUAAAUGUAAAUUAGUCUAAAUAUUUGAGGGAUCGAAUUUGCCUCUGGACAGCCGCAACCCUCGCAUUCGGAUCACUUUUCCUCUUCCUCUUUUCCUCUUCCUCUUUUCUUAUAUCUUUUGAUUUUGUCCUUCUUUUCUCUAUUACUUAAAACUUUUUUUCUGUCGCUUUUGUUUCUUUCAACACUUACUUCAUCUAUUUUUUCCUUGUCUCUUUUCUUCUGACUUCUCUUACUACUUUCUCUUCUUUACUUUUUUUCCUGUGCUUAUUUCCCAUUUUCUUUUCUUUUCUUCUCUUCUUUGUUUCAACUCCUUUUUUGUAUCAUCUUUACUCCUAUUUUAUUCCUCUAUAAUUUUCUGUCUAUUUCUCCCCCCUUUCAAACUUUUCUCUACUUAGACUGAUCUUUGAUUUGUUGUAGUUUGCCUUUAUAUCGUUUUCCUUCUCUUUCAUUUUAUCCACACUGUCAUUCUUUUCUGUCACUGUGCUUUUACCUUUUUCUUUUAAUUCCUUUACUUUCUUCUUUUUUCUAAUCUUCUUUAUUUCUUGUCAAGUUUUUCUUCUCUGGUUAUUUCCUCUGAAGAAUAGGGGCUUCUCUUAGACUUUUGUCUUAGUUUCCUCUAUAUUCCACCUUUUCUUAUUUUUUUAUUUGUUUCAUUUUUCAAUUAUUCUCGAUCACCCAUUCCUCCCUGCAUUUCAUCCCCUUCUCAUUUCUAUGCUAUGAACUAUAAUUUUGUUUUCCUGUUCUUUUGUCUUUUCACUUUUCCACUCUUUUUCGUUCUUCCUAUAUUUCCAAUACUGAACUUUCUCUUCCUAUUUCCUUUGAAUUUUGUAGAUCGUCUCUAUCUUUUUCCUAAUCUUCUCCAUUUUUUGCUUGAAAACCUUCCUUUGUGUAUGCUAUAUGAAUUAGAAUUUUAUGCAUCUUCAGCAUAUUUCAUUUUCUCUUUUCUUCUUCUUUUAUUCCACUUCCUCCUAUUUCUGUUACUAUGAACUUUUCUUCUCUCUUAGCUGUUUACUGCCUUUGUGAAUUUUUCGGUCUUCUAGACACUUACCCCCCCUCCCUCUGCUUUUUCAACAUCUGUCUAUUUUCUCUGUCCUUUUAAUUUUCUCUAUGAUUCAAUUUUUUCACUCACUUUUCAUCUUACUGGUACUUCCACCCUUAUUCCAUAGUUUGCGGAAUGUCAUGUCCAGAGGCAGGAAUCGAGGAAAACUGAAAAAGUUUUUAUUGUUGAGAAAAUCUCUUGAAGGACCACUUGCUUUGGCGUGUCUUUUCAAUUUUCUGUUGUGAUUCCAAAUGUGACUCGCUUAACAUGGCUCUAUCGGAUACUGACAACGCCGAAACUAAAGCCGCCUCUAUCUGUGAUUGUAUAUCUUUCCUCUUGUACAAAUACCUAGCACUUCUUGAUCAUCUUAUUACUCAAGCUGAGCUGCGCUUCCUGUGAUAAUUUUACUGCUAAGUAAUUCUUCGAAGACUGUCUCUGCUAUUUUGUGCUCUGAACUAAAACAAUUGAAAUAUUCUACUGUUGUCAACCUCUUCACUAGUAUGUAAAACAGGACCUCAUUAUUUUGUUUUUCUCUGACCAACAACCAUUUCUUUGUUUCUAUUUCUGCUAGAGCGUCUCUAUUGAAAAUUAUACAUGUACAUGAGAUACUUUAAUCAUGUGCAAGGCUACAUAUCUGUGCUGUCUAGUCCACAAAAACUCUUCAAAUAAUGUGAUUUGAACUGUUUCAGUCUGCAAUUUGUACUUUUCCUUUAUUUCUUUUAUAAUAUCAUAUUGAACUCUUCUUUUCUUUUGCUAGGGGUUUCAGUGUAAUGCGUUGAAGACUAUCUCAUCAUGUAUUAUCAUCUUACCUAAAUCUCAGAAGUACAGGUACACAGCCCCAGCCUCUUUAUCUACUUUUUCUUUGGUCUAAAAUAUCCUUUCUAGUUUGUCUGACUAUCCUUUGAAGAGAUAGUUCAUUUCCUUCUUCAAAACGAGAUUACUUCGUGUCUGACUUUCAUUCACCUUUUCAUUUUCUGAAUUGUCGUUUGUAUCAUUGUAUUUUAAGUCAUCUCACUCCAUCUACCAUGCUUUCUUGUUCACCAUAUCUCCUGUCAAUUCAUUUCACAUUUUAUUUUCUUUCUACUUCUUUCACUAUGAUUUCCCUUCCUUCUUUUCACUGUAUUCUACAACUUUCUUUACCUACAUACUUCAUAUUCUUCUUUCCAUUCAUUCUUUAUCUCAUCUCAAUUUUCUUCCUUCCCUUUCUCUCUAUCUUUACCUUUAUCAUUUAUGUCUCAUUCUGUUUUCUCCUUUUCCCACUUCUUUCUUCUUCUAUUCUAUUGGUGAAAUUUUUCAGUUUCCCAUUACAUUUUUCUGCCCUUUUCUUAGCUUUUAUCAUGAUUAUAUUUCGUUUUAUUCCUUUUCAUCUCUAGUCAUGUUUUCUUCCAUUUACAUUUUCUUUCAUCCACUUUUUAGUCUCAUGUGUGGCUUGCCUUUUCUCUUCCUUUACACCUAUCUCAGUCUCAAUCUUAUCUUUCUUUACCUGAGUUACAAUCCCUGAGGGCCAUGGCUUCCUCAUGCUCUUGGGGGCUCUUGCCUGCAACAAUGAUUUCCUUGGUCUUUGCUUUACUUUUCUUCACUAAAUAACUUAAACCUCACUUUUUUUCUCCUCUGAACCUGUUAUUCUACUACUGAUUUAUUGUCUUUUCAAUAUUUACACCCAAGAAAGAUGCAAACAUCUUGAUUUCUGUAGUAGUGGCUUCUCGCAUUCCUUACUCUUUCACAUACUGUAAUCUUCUUUUUCGAUGUCGGCUGUGUACUAUGUACUUACGUAGCCUAGGAAACUACUGUAAAAAUUACAAAUUGAUCAAAUAUUAAUAUGAACUGUAACAAAGACUGUGUUGGUAUCUAUAACUCUGACUGUGGAGACAAGAGUUCAUAAAUUUUUAAAAUAAGAACAUGAUGAUAAUAAAAAGAUAUUUUAAAAUAAAGAAAUAUAGAUUUA